ACCAGAUUACGUUUCCCAUAAAUAUCCAAAAAUUGGGUCGAUACUUCACAGUGCUUUGCUCAGCCUCAACAUGAAACACUUUAUUCUAUUCUUCGCUCUCGUAGCAUCCAGUUACGCUCAGUUCACUUCAACUGAGCUACCGUCACAAAUUGUUGGAGUACCAGGGCCAAGGUGGCAGGGACCAUUUGCCAACCACAUUCUUGGACAGCCAGUUGGUGACACCCCUGAAGUUGCUGAGGCAAAAGCCGCUCAUUACAAGGCGCAUGCUCGAAUCUUAGAAAUCCUGCCAGUUCUUCCUCAAGAAGAAUAUCAAACAGUUAAUGUUGUGGAAGCCCAACCACAGCAACAGACCUUCGUACAACCCCAAGUUUCCUUCGUUCCUCAACCAACAUCGUAUGUCGCCCAACAACCAUCCUAUGUUGUGCAACAAGCUAAAGUACCAGAAGUACAGGUCACAACUCCUGCUCCAGUAGUGAAAGAAACAGCACCAAUCUCUCCUAAAUUUAUCCAGUAUGCCGAAGAAAUUCCAAGGAGUGAACUUGGUGAACUUCCAGAAGUAGCAGCUGCAAGAAAGGCUCAUCUUGCUGCCUACGAAGAAAUCAAGAAACUUCUCCCUAAGCUCGUGGAAACCCCAACAGUGGUACCUGGAGUUCAACAGCCUGUUGUUAGACAGCAAGUAGUGAGUCAACCAGCUCAGGUAGCGAAUCAGCAACCACAAAUUCCAUACCAAGUAACUCAGCAAGCUCAGGUUGUGCCACAAGUACCUCAAGUCGUUUACCAACAGCCUCAAUCAGCUGCCCAACAACCUCAAGAAAACCAAGUGACUUACGUUAAUCAUCAGGCUGAAUCUGCAGCCUACAAGCAACAGCUUCAGAGGAACCUCGAGUGGUUUUACAACCCCCAACAGUUCUACACAUACGUCCCACAAGAUACACCCGAAGUUGCAGCUGCCAAAAUUGAGCACUUGAAGCUUCUUCAAUCUUUGAUCUAGGUUUUGUAAUUGAAGGUUGUAAAGAAAUUUUUGUAAAUUGGUUGGUUUGGAAUAAACUGAAUGUGAUGUGA